AUGAAAAUUAUUUUAAAUAUUAUUUUUAUUAUUUUAAUUUCUAUUAAAAUAAUAAAUGGUGAGCUAUUAGUAAUACCAUCCAUACAAGAUCCUCAUCAAAAGCAACUUGAUCAAAUAAAACAAGCACUAUAUUGUUUAAUAGAGCCAGGUUUAAAUUUCAAAACCUAUAGUUCACCAACAGUAAAAAAUAUAAAUUCAUACACAUUCUCAAACCACAACAAUGAAGGCCCCAACAAUGAAGAAAUGGAAUUUUCAAGCAACACUGAUACCACCACCACCACCACCACCACACUAGCGUCAUCAUGUUAUAGAUAUAAUCAUAGUAGUAUGGUAACAUUAAAUUGUGAAGGUGAUAGAAAUCAAGAAUGGAAGAAAAAUCAAAAUAGUUUAUUUAGUAUUGACCAAUACAUAUUAGUUGAAGAUGUACUUUUAGAUGAAACAAACAAUAUAUCCCAUAAACUCAUUACAAUAGAACAAAGAUUUAAAACCAUACCAUCAGAGAAUGGUUCUGUCAUUAUUAAUAAUGUUAAUGAACAUAUUGCAUACUUUCAAGCUUCAUUUAAUAUUGAAAAUAAUUUACAACCUAUAAAUCCAAAUGAUGAUAAGAAAAAAAUAGUACAAUUAUCAUUCUACAACUAUACAGAUCCAUAUGAUAAUCAUUAUAAUACUGGUAAUAAUAACAACAACAACAAUAAAAAUAAUAAUAAUAAUGAAUGGGACAUUUCAUUAAAUUAUAAUAAAGAAAAGGAUAGUUUAGCUUUUUUGUAUUACCAAAAGAAUCCAAUUGAUACAAUGACUUCAACACCUGAUAAUAUAAAACAAUGGUUUAAAGAAUCAGCUAGAAAAAUGAAAACUGGAAAACAUAUUGCACCAAUCUCAUUCACUGGUAUUGAUGGAUUUGUUACCUCCAAAUGGAUUGUACCAUCUGAUGUUGAUUCAAUACUAUUAAAUGUAACCUAUACAAGUACUAUGGCUGAUAUUGUAUUAAGUUUUCGUCACAUUGAAAAUAAUAGUUAUAAACUUGUUGAAUUUGGUUUCCACGAUAUUAAAAAAUUGGAUUUAAAAACUGGUUCAAUUAUACCAAUUGAAAAACAAUAUUUUAAUAGAAAGCAACAACAACAACAACAACAACAACAACAACAACAACAACAACAACAACAACAACAACAACAACAACAAAAAUAA